AUGGCGGAUCAGGAGACCCCAGUUGCAGUUGAGGCACCUACCCCAGUCCUUGGGGAGCCGAUGGACUUGAUGACUGCUCUGCAGCUUGUCAUGAAGAAGUCAGGUGCUCAUGACGGCCUUGUUAAGGGUCUUCGUGAGGCUGCCAAAGCCAUCGAGAAGCAUGCUGCUCAGCUUUGCGUGCUUGCCGAGGACUGUGACCAGCCUGAUUAUGUCAAGCUGGUCAAGGCUCUCUGCUCUGAGCACAAUGUUCACCUGGUUACGGUGCCUAGCGCUAAAACUCUUGGCGAAUGGGCUGGGCUUUGCAAGAUUGAUUCUGAGGGCAAGGCAAGGAAGGUUGUAGGCUGCUCCUGUGUUGUCGUCAAGGACUACGGCGAAGAAUCUGAGGGCCUUAACAUAGUGCAGGAGUACGUCAAAUCGCACUAG